CACGGACAGAAUGAGGUUACCGUCAUUGAUUUAGAAUUGUUAUUAACAAAAGUUGUGUAAUUUUAUUACUGUCGACACCUUUGACGUUAUUCUUUAUUGGAGAAAAUGUCUGCGAAAAAUCUAUUGUUGAACCAUUUAAAAGUCAUUUUGGGAAAUCAUGUGGAAUCUGAUAUUGUUGAUUAUAUAAACAGCAUGAAACAUCAAGAAGACCUAGAAGAAUUUAUGGAAAAUAUAAUAGAUAAAAAUAACGUUAGUCACGUAUCAUCGUACGAAGGAAUUUGUAAAAUAUUGUUUGGGAAUAAGUCGCCAACUAAAAGCAACGCAGAAUCAAGAGUGGUGCCCAGGCAUCAAGAAAAAUCGUCAAGUAAAGCAAAUCGAUAUCAGAAAGGAAAGAAAAAGUUUAGUGACAUAAACACAUUCCAAGAGAAGAAAAAACAACAGGAAGGAAGAACAGUUUGUGACUGUGAAGGACAGGAACAUGAAUUUAUGAACAAUUGUUUGAACUGUGGCAGGAUCCACUGCUAUGAAGAAGGACCAGGUCCUUGUUUUUUUUGUAAUGAACCAGUCACAGUCAUGGGUGAGGAAUGCUUUAUUGAUAACAAUUUUCGCAAGGACAAGAAAUCUAAUGCUAUGAAACACAAAGAAAAUAAAGUAUUCGACGAUGACAACGACUACUUCAAAACAAACGACCUUAAUCAAUCUAAACCAGAUAAACGUAAGAUGGUGGUAGCUCUAGAUUUUGCUAGUCGACGAGUUAUAGAAAGCACAGAGGAAGAUGUAAGAAUAAAAGAGAAACUACAUGAAGACAUCAAAAAACACUUAGUGAAUGUUGAAAAACUCUAUCGCAAGCUGCAGAAACAAUCGGAAAUAGAAUCAGUUCCUUCGAAUAACAAUGAUUUAGUUGAAUUACUGAUCCAAAUGAGACAUAAGAAACCUGUAGGUGUUGAGGAUUUGGGUCCUGAAGAUAACAGCACUCACUUUGUUGAUUAUGGACGAGUGUAUGAUGAAGAUGUCAUUACGAACACAGACCAUGGGUUAUGUUUGAGUAUGCAUCAACCUUACGCAAGCCUUUUGGUUGCUGGUGUUAAAAAACAUGAAGGUAGGACGUGGAAGACGAACCAUAGAGGUAGACUUUGGAUUGCAGCGGCGGCUAAAGUACCGGAUGACGAUGAAAUUUCAGCUUUGGAAAUAUUUUAUCGCCAAUAUUAUAACGAUCAGUCUCUGAAAUUUCCGCGAGAUUAUCCGACGAGUUCUCUGUUGGGUUGUGUAUUUGUUGAAGAUUGUCUUGAUCAAGACACAUACAGGAAACGUUUUCCUAAUGGCGAAAGCAACAGUCCUUACGUUUUAAUAUGCUCUAAUCCUAUUAUUUUGCCAAUAUUUUAUCCGAUAAUUGGGAAACAUAAAAUCUAUCCGUUAGACAAGGAAUUGCAUAGUUGUGCAAAGUUGUCUAUUAGGCACGCCGAAUACGGUAUUGAUUAAUUACAAAUUUAUGUAGGUAUGUCUUUUUGUAUUUUAUUGCACUUGUUUAUGUUACAAAAAUACAUUCUAAUAAAUUAUUAACUAUACAGUAAUAAA